AUGAGAAGUCAAUUCCACCUUGCUAAUGAGGAGUUGGCAAAUACAAAGUCAGUAGUAGAGGAGUGUAUGAAGGAGAAGUACUACCAACUCUCUAUCUCUAUGCUAUGGCUGAACAAGCACGGCACAGCGCGUUGGUUGGAUGACUUUCUGACUCUCUCUGCACAGGUGGGCAUUCGUGAUAUUUGGGGAAGACGAUAUCUUAUCUAA